AUGGGCACCUGUUUCUCCUGCUUUAGUCGCUAUGAGGAUAGUGAUGAUGAGUCUGUUACUGUCCGUGGCCUGGAGAUUGGGUCUCCUCAGUUCCCGCAGACCACAUUGGACCUGAACAUGCAUAAUUUGCGUCCUAUAACUCGCCAUGACGGUCGCGAACUCGAAGUCUACCCAGAAAUACGCACCAUGCCCCGUACUAUGAACUUGGCCGACCUUGGUCAACUUGGCGAGGUCGCUGCUUCGGCAAUGGCCGUUGACGAGCAGCCCGGCCGUCUCACUCCUGAGGUGGCGCCCGUCAAUGUCGAUGCCAAGGAGGAGGAGCCCGCCCCCCCGAAGGUUGAUGAUGUGACUGUCGAUGCCUCUACUUCGCCCACCGACGUAGAGGAUGUCAUUGAAGAGACGGUCGCCCCUGGUACGGCUCGUUGA